AUGUCAAAGCGACAGGAGCUGGACGAUCCGAUCGACCACCAUCCCUCCACCAAAAGGGCCAAGGAAAUCGACGCCAAGCCUCCCUACGAUGAGCUGAAGGAUCUGCUCGAGGCCCAGACAGCCGACAUCAAAACGACGAACGUCUUGCACUGGUUCCGUUCUCAGGAUUUGCGCACUCAGGAUAACAAGGCCCUACACGACGCAUUUGAAACCGCCAAGGAGGCCUCUGCGCCGCUCAUCUGUGCUUAUGUCAACUGUGAGCCAGAACUGAUCUGGCAUGGCACUAGUCCCGCAAGAUGCGACUUUGUCAACGAGACCUUGACACUAAUGCAGAAGGAAUUGAAGGAGAAAGACAUCCCGCUUGUAUUUCUCGAGGCAGCUGAGCGCGAUGAGAUCGUGCCCACCAUCACCAAGUUCAUCAAAGAUCACAAGAUCUCCCACGUUUUUGCUAAUUACGAAUAUGAGAUUGAUGAACUCCGUCGUGAUAUUAAAGUCCUCCAGAACGCCAAAGACAACAAGUAUCAGGUCAGCCUCCGCCACGACCAGACCAUCAUGGAACCAGGCACCAUGGUGACGGGUGCAGGCAAGCCCAUGAAAGUCUUCACGCCAUACCAUCAGUCUUGGCUGGGCGAGAUUAAGGACGACCCAAGCUUGUUAGACCUGGUGCCCGCCCCAUCGAAGCAGCCAGGCGAUAAGAAGGGCCUCAAAGAUUUGUUCGACAGCAAGCUCCCCUCCUUGCCCAAGGAGAAGCAGUUUGAAUCGAACAAGGAACGCGACCGCAUUAGGAAGCUGUGGCCGGCCGGGCAUGAUGCUGGAAUGAAGAGGAUGAACGAAUUCAUCCAAAAGAAGAUCGAGAAGUACGCCUCAACAAGAUCAAAUCCUGCCAAAGAUUCGUCGUCGAGAAUGUCCGCAUAUUUCUCCUCCGGGGCGGUCUCUAUGCGAGAGGCGGUCUCCGCGGUAAUGAAGCACAACGACGGAACUUCCGACUUCUCGCAGAACGGAGCUUCAGCAGGAGUGGCAGCAUGGGUACGGGAAAUAGUGUUCCGAGAGCUCUACAGACAAACGACGCUUACAACUCCGCACACCGCAAUGAACAUGCCACAGAAUCUCAAAUUCGAUUUCGUCAAAUGGGAAGACGAUGAAGAGGGAUACAAGCGCUGGGAAGAAGGCACGCUCGGUGUGCCCUUUGUCGAUGCGGGGAUGCGACAGAUCAAGCACGAGGCGUAUAUGCAUAAUCGCCUACGAAUGAACGUGUCGAGCUACCUCUACUGCAAUCUUCUGAUCGACUACAGGCGCGGCGAGCGCUACUUCGCAGAGACACUGAUUGACUGGGAUUUGUCAAACAACACUCAAGGCUGGGAGCCUUCAUAUACGGUGUUCAACCCCAUCAGCCAAGCCGAGCGCAAUGAUCCCGAUGGCGACUAUAUACGGAAAUGGGUGCCAGAGCUAAAAGAUGUGCAAGGCAAAGCAGUCUUCGAUCCAUUCCAUCGCCUGAGCAAGGAAGAAUUCAAGAAACUUGGCUAUCCUGAGCCAUAUGUAGACUGGAGCGAGACCAAACAGCGCGCUAUGGAGCGGUUCAAGAGUGAUAUGAAAGAUGCCGAGCCUUGA